AUGGUGCUCUACCCGGUGAUGCGGAAGCUGCAGCACCAGCGCGUGGUGCUGGCCAGCGCCUCCCCGCGGCGCCAGGAGAUCCUCAGCAACGCGGGUUUGAGGUUCGAGGUGGUGCCCUCCCGGUUUAAGGAGAAGCUGGACAAGGCGGCUUUUGACGCCCCCUACGCCUACGCCAUGGAGACGGCCAAGCAGAAGGCGCUGGACGUCGCCCAGAGGAUGCACCAGAAAGACCUCCGGGCGCCUGACAUCGUCAUCGGAGCCGACACAAUCGUGACGCUGCAGGGGCUGAUCCUGGAGAAGCCGGUGGACAAGCAGGAUGCUUACAGCAUGCUCUCCAGGUUGAACGGGAAGGAGCACAGCGUGUUCACGGGCGUCACCAUCAUCCGCUGUUCUUGCCAAGACAGCCGGCUGGACAUGCAGGUGUCGGAGUUUUACGAGGAGACGCGGGUCAAGUUCUCGCAGCUGUCGGAGGAGCUGCUGUGGGACUACAUCCACAGCGGGGAGCCCAUGGACAAGGCCGGCGGCUACGGCAUCCAGGCGCUGGGCGGCAUGCUGGUGGAGCACGUGCACGGGGACUUCCUGAACGUGGUGGGCUUCCCGCUGAACCGCUUCUGCAAGCAGCUGGCCGAGCUGUUCCUCUCCCCGCCCCCGCCCCCGCCCCCGCCGCCCGGCCCGGGGGACCCCGCGCCCGCGGACCCCGCCCCCUCGCCGAGUCCCAGCGGCCCCCGCGGCCAGGGCGGGGCCCGGGGCCGCAGGAGGAGCUGGGGGGCCAGCAGGAUGGUGGACAGCCUGCCCCCCACGCCGCUGCUGGAGCUGCUGGACGGGUUCAAGGCGUCCAAGGCCCUGCUCACCGCCUGCCGCCUGGGGGUGUUUGACGUCCUGGAGGCGGGCGGCCCCCUGCGCGCCGCCGACGUGGCCCGGAGGAUCCAGGCCUCGGAGGGCGGCACCGCCCGGCUGCUGGCCGCCUGCGCCGCGCUGGGCCUGCUGGAGGCGGCGGAGGGAGCCUACAGCAACAGCGCGCUGGCCAGCCUGUACCUGCCGGCGGACGCCCCGCUGUCCCUGCAGCCCCUCGUCGCCUACACCGACCAGCACACCUGGCCCUUCUUCUCGGAUCUGGAGGCCGCCGUCCGCCAGGGCCCCGGCCCCCACCCCGCGGGCCGGCCGGGGGGCAGCCUGUUCCAGGACCCGGACGGCGCCCCCGGGAGCCGGGAGCGGCGGCGGCAGCUGGUCGGGGCCGCGCACAGCCUGGGCCGCCUCUGCGCCCGCCACGUGGCCGCCGCCUUCGACCUGGGCCGCUUCCCCUCCGCCUGCGACCUGGGAGGCUGCACGGGGACGCUGGCCCACGAGCUGGCCGGGCUGUACCCGGGGCUGGAGGUGACCGUGUUCGACCUCCCUGACGUCAUCGCGGACGCGGCCGCCUUCCAGCCGGACGGCGGGGCCAGCCCCCGGGUCCGCUUCCUGCCGG